AUGCUAAGAGGUCUAUAUGCAGUAUCAUUCACUCAUCAACUUGGAGAUGUUGCACUUUUAGAUUUUCCAAAUUUACAAGUCAUCAGAACUCACUUUCUUCCUGAGCAACCGGAAUCUGGUGUUGACUGGUUACACCUUCCAGUUCUGAUGAAUGUCAGAACAAUUGUUGCAGACAUCUAUUCGGGAGAAAAGUAUUGGCAAUGGGCUCCGAAAUCAGCUUCUUUGAAUGCUUUGAAAGGAGUGCCCAAUUUGAAGCAUAUUGUAUUCACUAAAGAUGAAAACAUUGAAAGUCACACUAUUACUCCUACAUUUUUCGAAGCAGUUCAAUCUCUUGGAAUUAGAUGCCGUGUCACUCAGCUCUUGACCCCUAGCGAAGUCAUGCAACUAGAUUAUGAACUGAACGGCCCAAUGUAA